GGUGUGUGAGGUGCGCUCGGUGGACGGCACCUCCAUCACGGCCUUCAUGGUCCACGAGUGCGAGGGCUCGAGUCGCAUCGGCUCUCGGCCCCGUCGGUACCUGUUCAGCGGUCACAGCAACGGCAGCAUCCAGAUGUGGGACCUGACCACCGCCAUGGACAUCGCCGGCAAGGUCGACAUCAGAGCGCUGGGCGGGCCGACCGAGGAGGAGCUGCUGGAGCUGUUGGACCAGUGCGACCUGGCUCUGACCAGAACACCUGACAGCACACCUAGAGCCUCCACCUGCAGUCUUCACUCUCAGCUCAGCGACGUCUUCAGGACGGAGCGUCUCCACCCUGCAGCAGGAGGACGAGCAGCCGGAGCUUCGGGUUCGUCCGCUUCGCUGUGCGGCAGCCUCCCCCGACAGGCUCCGCCCCCCGUGCCCCUCACCAAACCGGUCAGAGACUGCGGCCUAUCAGCCGGGGUCGGGCCGCACACGCUAACCAUCCCAGCCUACGGCCACAACUCCGGCACCGGCCCGACCGCCAGCCCCCGGCUCCCCAGACACCCGGACCGGGAGUGGGGGUCUCUCCGAAGGGGGAGCUUUGUGGAACGCUGCCAGGAGCGCGCCAAGGGUUCAGAGGCCGGCUCAGGGUUCGGGGUCCCGGCGGGAACGGAGGGUGUCAGACGGAGCUUAGCGGUGUGCAGCGAGUUAGAGGCUAGGUUCGGCCUCAGGACCCCCACCACCUUCUCUGUGUCGCCCGGUGCACGCCACUCCUCAGGAACACCUUCGUCACUGUCAUCAUCAUCACCGUUGUCCUCAUCUUCGUCACACCGCAGGUCCACGCCUACUUCCCCAACAAGCCCCGCCCCACCUCCAGCCAUGAGCCCGACCCGGUCUCAGGCGCCUGCCUCGCCUUGUCGCCCUGCUGCAGCGUCUCCUGCAACGCCUCCUGCUGAUGUCCCGGCUUCACCGGAAAGCCCGGCGAGUCCAGACAGCCCCGCCGUCGGCCCGCCCACCAGCCCCAAACCACACAUGAACGAGACCAGCUUCUGAUUGGCUGUUCUGUCUGAGACUCAUGAACCCGACAGUUGAUCCUGAGAGCGGAUUCAUGUUUCCGCGGGUUUGUCCUUAACCAGCUGGCAGGACUGAGCGAACAGCCAAUCAGCGGCUGAGUACAGUUCUGUUGCCAUAGUUACCAGAUGCUGGUUGGUUGUUGCCUGGCGUCCAGCUCACGGGAUCACGGCUAGCUACCCAACGUCAGGUGGGAGGAAAAACAGCUGAAAGUCUCGACUGUUGUCCUAAAGACGCACUAAUCAAUAUUUCUACAUUAUCAAUAAAAGAAAUUACUCGGUGUCACGUGAACAGGACUGUUCAUUAAGCUCCGCCUCCCUCAGUUAUUGUCGCUGUCCUGUCAAUCUACCUGUUCUCACACGGCAUGUGAUUGAUUUCAGACAGAAGUAAACAAAAGCAGCUUCCAGUAAACAGCGAGCGAGCGAGCUAGCUAGCUAAUUGUGCUAAUGUUAGCUCCAUGAGUUGGUUGAAAACGUCUCCAGCUGUCUCAUUUUAUGGCUACACACAUGAUGUCAUGCUAACAGACUGAAGCUAAAGCUAACAGCUGACAUGAAGAAACACCAUGUUCUUGUGUGGCAGCGAUAAGUAGUCCUACUGUGCUAUAGUUAGCGUUAGCAGCUACGCUAGCACUUUCCAAAAAGUUUUCUCCUCAAAUACUUUUCUCUUUUUAAAAGUGAAGCAAACUGUUUGAAGAUACAUCUGUGUUUGUCUUGCCGCAGAGUUUUUAGUGCUAGCAUAGCUUCAAAUCCAGUCGUUAUGGAAGCCCAUUUCUGCCACUGUGAUGGGGGGG